GCAGUCUAAAACUUACAAAAAACCAAAAAGGGUCUUAUUCUUGCUGAGAUAAAUAUGAGAACUGACAAUUGAUAUAUCAGAUGAUGUGAUGGCAGAUGACCCACACCCUUCUCAAUUCUCCGUUUGGAAUUUAUUGAUAGGGAAAUUUGAGCAGGCAGUUUUAUAUAAAAAGGGUAGUUUGUUUUACCAGGCGGUGGCAAAUAGAUGGUAAAGUUGACGGUGGAGGGGAAGUCUGCCACGAAAGUCUUUACGGCUCCGGAUGAAAUGGUUUAUUUCCAAACCUUACAGAAGAAUUAGGUCUUGAGUGCCUGAUGAAGGUUUCAUACCAGUGGCACAGCCAUCUCAGAGCUGUGAAUAAACAGUGGAGGGAAGCAGUGAACAGCAAUCGGUUCUAUCAAGAGAGGAAACGCUAUGGCAUUUGGGAGCAAAUCAUAUGGCUGAUUCAAGACAACAGAAGGGUAUUUCUAUACUACCCUCUCAAAAACUCAUGGGAAAUACUGCCUCCAGUUCCAAUCCUGUCUGGAUUCUGUGGGUGCUGUAGUAAGUGCAUUUGUGUCAACCAUAAGCUAAUCAUCAUAGAGGGUUCUGUAGCAAGAACAAAAAUGAAAAUUCACCCUGUUUUUCAUUAUGAUUUUAGAUCCUCCAAAUGGUCCAGGGGCGCUGAUAUGCCCACAGCGAGAGCUCACUUUGCCUGCUCUGCUUCCCCUGAAGGCCUGAUUUACAUUGCAGGAGGGAUGGACAAUGAUGAGAAAUCUGAAUUUGGGGCAGCGGUUUAUGAUGUUGACCAGAACAAGUGGGAACUGCUUCCUGAUAUGAAUCAAUCAGGAGGUUUUACUGGUGCAUUUCUUGAUGAUAAAUUUUGGGUUAUGAAGGGCAACUUGCAAGAGGUUUUUGAUGUAAACACAAGAACAUGGGCGUUACAGGAAAGUGCAUCGCAAUAUAUGAAUGAUGGAAAGUUCGUAGCAGCAUUUGGAAAGAUCUAUUCCUUUAUGGGAAGAGAAGUUUGGGAGUAUGACACUAAACAGAAUUCUGAAAAGCCAGUAGAUUUACUUCCUUCAGAAGUUUCCAUUGUCUGGUGUGUUACUUUAUGGAGAGACAAGAUAUUUGUGUGUGCCAGUGAUGUAAAUGGAAGGGCUUGUUUCUAUUUGUACAGUCCUCCCAGAGCAGAAGCCACAACAGCAAGGAAGGAGGGGGAGAGGUCUACUCGUAUUGAAGGGCAUCCACAAUUUAAUGGUCGCUUUUACAGAACGGGGACUGUGCAGGUCAGAGAUUAACAGCACACCUGGCAUCCAACGUUGCAAUGUAAAAAUUACCAAAAAGAAACAAAAGAGGUCUCAUUCUUGCUGAGUUAUAUAUGAGAAUUGACAAAUCCAAAGCAGAGACUUUUUCAACUGGGAGAGGAAAUACAGUUGAAAUAUGAGGUGAUGUAGUAUAGCAGACAACCCACACCACCAUAUGAGAGAUCAUAAAAGCGUUCCUUGUAUUUGUGUUAUCUGUUUAUACAGAGAAAUAAUUGAGCUUUAAAUUUAAUGGCCGUAUUUGAUCAUUUUAGCUGUAAAAAACAGUCGUAAUUUUAGGAACACUGUAUCGCUUGAAAAACUACUUGGAAAAUAUUUGUCAGCGGCCUGUGGGAAAAUGGGAGCUUUGGAAUAGGGUAUGCAAUCCAUCAAAGCAUAACGGAAUGGGGAUUAUUCAAAUAUUACGUUGGGAAAUGCUUGGUAGACAUGUAUGCAAAAUGUGGAAGCAUAAAGAGGUGUGUGAACUGUUUGACAGAAUGCCUUAAAGAAAUGCGGUUUCAUGGAAUGCCAUGAUUGCAGGAUAUACGUACGCAAAAGGGAUUUGUUGGAAACGCUUCAGAAACUUUCAAGCAAAUGCACUUGGCAGUUAUAAAGCCAGACUCCGCAAUCUUUGCCACCAUUCUCCUUGCCUGUGCCAAAAUGGGAGUUUUGGAACAGGGUAUUCAAUUCAUCAAAAGAUAAAGGACAGAGGAAUUUCGUCAGAUGUAUGGACAUCCAUCAAAGCUUAUUGGAAGGGGGAUUUUUUUUUAGAUAGUAUUGUAGACAUACGUGAUAGACGUAUAUGGAAAAUGCGGAAGCAUAAACAAGGCACGUAAACUGUUUGACAAAAUGCCUGAAAGAAAUGUGAUCCUCGAAUGCAAUGUUUGUGGGAUAUGCACACAAUGGAUUUUGCAAGGAUGCUCUCAAAAUAUUUGAAUCGAUGAAGCACUAUGGUACAUAUCCUGAAACUAUAAACUAUCUUGAGGACAUUCUUUACUUUGUCACCAAGAUGCCAAGGUGGAUGUGUGGAUCUAAUUUCCUGUACCUGCAAAUCACAUAUGGAUAUAGGCUUAGGAGUACUUACAGAAUGCUAUUUUUUUAUUUGGAUCUUAAAAAGAUAACCUAUGUUCUCUCAAACAUCUAUGCAGACGUGGGCAGGUGGUGUGAGCAGCAAACCAUAAAGGCAAAUGGUAAGGAGAUUGAUUAAAUAUAAGGAGAUUAUUGUAAGGAAUGAUUGGUAUAUUUAGUAACUUUGGAGUUUGGAUCAAUUUGGAUUCUGAUACAUGUGAUUAUUAUGUUUUGAGAAAAUUGUGUCUACUUGGCGAAAAUUUGUAAAAAUGAGAACUUUGAGUUAUUUGAUUUUGUAUUCAUUUUGUCCUGCAUUCUAUGGAACGUGAUGAGCCUAGGUAGAUAUUAGAGUCAAUG